CCACUUCUCUAAUUCACCACUUGAAUCAAACAACAUACAGAGGAUUCAAACCCACACUCCUUUAAACAAUGGCAGCCUCAACAAUGGCCCUUUCCUCCCCUUCUCUUGCCGGCAAGGCAGUGAAGCUCACCCCCUCUGCCCCUGAGCUCAUGGGCAAUGGCCGUUUUUCAAUGAGGAAAACUGCCAGCAAGGCUGUUUCCUCUGGAAGCCCAUGGUACGGUCCAGACCGUGUUAAGUACUUGGGUCCAUUCUCUGGUGAGCCCCCAUCCUACUUGACUGGCGAAUUCCCUGGUGACUAUGGCUGGGACACUGCUGGACUCUCUGCUGACCCAGAAACCUUUGCUAAGAACCGUGAGCUUGAAGUGAUUCACUGCAGAUGGGCCAUGCUUGGAGCUCUUGGUUGCGUCUUCCCUGAGCUCUUGGCUCGCAACGGAGUCAAGUUUGGUGAGGCUGUGUGGUUCAAGGCAGGAGCGCAAAUCUUUAGCGAGGGUGGUCUUGAUUACUUGGGGAAUCCAAGUUUGAUCCACGCACAAAGCAUCUUGGCUAUCUGGGCAUGCCAGGUUGUGUUGAUGGGUGCCGUUGAGGGUUACAGAGUUGCCGGUGGACCGCUCGGUGAGGUAACAGACCCAAUCUACCCUGGUGGGAGCUUUGACCCAUUGGGAUUGGCUGAUGAUCCAGAGGCAUUUGCUGAGCUGAAGGUAAAGGAAAUCAAGAAUGGCAGGUUGGCUAUGUUCUCUAUGUUUGGAUUCUUUGUUCAGGCCAUUGUGACCGGAAAAGGACCAUUGGAGAACUUGGCUGACCACCUUGCUGACCCUGUCAACAACAAUGCCUGGGCUUAUGCCACAAACUUUGUCCCUGGAAAGUGAAUGGAAAAUCCUGUAAUAUUUUGAGUGUUUUUCCUACCAAAGCGAAGGGGAAAAAAUUAUGAGAUGGACUGGUGGUGCAGAAAAUGUAAUAUAUCUGAGUGGAUGGUAAAUGUUUUUUAAUCCAAUUUUUUAACCUUGUUGUGCUCA